AUGGCCUUUGCGCCACGACGGGAGUCCCUCGCGCGGGGGAUUCACAUCACAGAGGGUGAAGUGAUGGAGUCUCUCGACUCACGGCUGGGAGGUACGGCGGAGCUCGACGGGAGGUUGCUGCGGCGGUGCGAGAUGAAGGCAUGGGCGCUGAGUAUCUCCAUGGAGGCAUCGACGCUAUGGCGGCCAGAGGGCCUGGCGGCUGCCGGAUGCCUCCACCGCGCGGUUGACCUGUGGACUAUGGCGUUGGUUCGGUGCGCCGCGAGGAGGCUGGGUGGCUCCGUGCGGACGCAGGCAGCGAUCGUGCCCAGCAGGUUCAUGCGCUCCCGCCAACUCUCCAGCGAGCAUGCUGGCAAGUCCCCAGCCUUGGAAUCUGAGCUGGACAUGAAGAUGAAGAAGCUGGAAGCCUCGAUAGCUCGGUUAAAGAACACUCCAGCACCAGAUGCCUCUAAGUUGCGCUUGAUGUCCAACGGACGUGCAGUUCAGGGUGUGAUCGAUGCAGCUAACAAGUUGAUAUUUUUGUGUAUGAUUUCUGCUGCUGUUUACGGUCUUGAUUUAGACAAGGGGGUAGAAGGCCAGGCUAUUAGCAAGGAAAGCAGUGAAGACAAGAUCGAAAAAUGAGAAACAAAGAUGGCCCAAUCUAGUUUUCAGUUCAGUUAUGACCUCUACAGUCUGGCUAGCUAGCACUAUGCUAUCGUACCUUGUGAUGUUGUGUGACAUGGUAUCAUGUUGUUCUAUCUAUUCACUAUUCGAGUGGAUUGCGUUCAUGCAUCCACCAAAACUAUAGCUUGAUAGGAACAUACAGAGUUGGCCCCCUCUUGUGUCUGGUCAUGCUCCAUCACUGACGUCGAA